ACCUCAUCUCGUGCUACGUCACCCCUCUCUGCCGGCAGCCUUGAGCCCCAGUUAGCAGCGCGAGCUAAUCCCGCUAACCAGCUAACGGCUAGCAAGAGUCUGCGUGUGAUGGCGGAGCUGCAGGGACAGGCCUCGCUGGGGCAGCCGGGGCUGAAGGCAGACGGGCUGGCCGACGUUCUCCAGAGGGCCCGCCAGAUGGUGGGUAAGAUGGGCGGAGACGCCAUGUCUCACCUCAACAGCUCAGGAGGCGUCGAGCCUUCGCUGUACUAUCCUGGACAGAAACGACCAGGAGAAGACGGAGUAGGUAACCAGCUAGCAGCCAUGGGGCAUCAAAGCAGGGUAAUCACAGAGGAUUACAAGGUCCCCGACAGGAUGGUCGGCUUCAUUAUUGGAAGAGGAGGGGAGCAGAUCACCAGGAUCCAGCUGGAGUCCGGCUGCAAGAUCCAGAUCGCUGCUGUGUGUGUGUGUGUGUGUGUGUGUGUGUGUGUGUGUGUAGACAGCGGAGGUCUCAUGGAGCGGCCAUGUUCCCUGACUGGAACUCCAGAGAGCAUCGAGCAGGCGAAGCGUCUACUGAUCCAGAUCGUGGACCGUUGCAGAAACGGUCCUGGUUUCCACGGCGAUGGUGAAGGCGGAGCCUCCGUGCAGGAGAUGCUCAUCCCGGCCAGCAAGGUGGGGCUGGUGAUUGGUCGAGGAGGAGACACCAUCAAACAGUUGCAGGAGCGAGCAGGCGUGAAGAUGAUGAUGAUCCAGGACGGUCCGAUGCCGACGGGAGCCGACAAACCUCUCCGCAUCUCUGGAGACCCGUACAAAGUGCAGGCAGCGAGGGAAUUGGUGCUGGAGGUGAUCCGGGAGAAGGACGGAGAUUUCAGGUCGGGACGCAACGACUUCAGCGCCCGUCUGGGAGGAGCCAGCCUGGACUCCGUCUCUCUGCAGGUUCCAGUUCCCAGGUUCGCCGUCGGCAUCGUGAUCGGCAGGAAUGGAGAAAUGAUCAAGAAGAUCCAGAAUGAUGCCGGAGUCCGGAUCCAGUUCAAAGCAGAUGAUGGCAUCAGUCCAGAGCGCGUUGCCAUGGUGAUGGGUCAGCCAGACCGCUGUCAGCAUGCUGUUCACCUGAUCAACGAGCUCAUCCAGACGGCACAGGAGCGUGAUGGCUUCGGCUCGGCCCUGCGAAGCGGCCGGGUCAGAGGUCGUGGUGAUUGGACCAUGGGCUCCCCCGGUCCACUACAGGAAGUGACCUACACCAUCCCGGCUGACAAGUGUGGCCUGGUCAUUGGCAAAGGAGGAGAGACCAUCAAGAGCAUCAACCAGCAGUCCGGGGCCCACGUGGAGCUCCAGAGGAACCCCCCUCCCUCCACAGACCCCAACACCCGGGUCUUCACCAUCAGGGGCACCGCCCAGCAGAUGGACCUGGCCCGCCAGCUCAUCGACGACAAGAUCGGGGGAUCGGGGAUCAUGAGUAAUGGAGGUUUUGGAUUCAGUCCCUUCACUCAGGGGCCUGCUGCACACCAAAACUGUGGAAGCGGUCAGACCUUCCUCACUGGCGUUUGGGGGAACACCUACCAGACCAGCUGGCAGAACCCUGGACAACAAGACCCUGGUCAACAGAAUCAACCUCAGAGCCUGAUGGCCGACUACAGUAAGGCCUGGGAGGACUACUACAAGAAGCAGAGUCAGUCGUCUCAGAGUUCUGUUCCCGACUACACUGCAGCAAUAGCAGAAUACUACAGACAGCAGCAGCCCUACCUGUGGAACGCCGCCCAGAUCCAGAACGAGGAAGAACAAUGAUGUCAUUUCCUGUCUCUUCAGGAUCACUAGAGGCUCCGCCCCCUCCGCUCACGGCUUGGGUCGGUCUUCCACGGCAACCGAAUCGGGGUUCCCUAGCGCCGCUCUGCCGCUUCCUCUUCUUUUUGUAGAGAACUAAGGAUUAACCCAAAAAAUCACAAACUCUUUUCUUUUCUGUUUUUUAACCUGACAAAGUGGAUAUUUUGUGGGGCAGAUGUUUGGGGCCUCCGGUCUCUCUCCACCAGUGUAGACCCGGUUCUUUUUUUUGUUUUUCUUUUUUUAUCAAACUUGAACUUAAAGAUGUAUCAGUGUGGCUUUGAAGAGAAAAAAAAUCCAGUAUAAUCUAUAUUUUGUCUAGUUUUAUUUUCAAUAAGCAAACGGUAUGAGGCUUAGCAGUCUUGAGUGAGAAUCAGAUAUUAUUAUUAUGUUUAUGAUAAUGUUUUAAAGCAUGCGGCGGAUUGUGUGUGUUGACUCUCAGUUAUUUUAUUUUAUUUUUUUGGCAUAGAAAUAUUUUAAUAGCGUCCAGAUGGAAAUUUUAUGUUUUACCGUCGGAGACAAAAAACUGUUUUUGUACUAAAUUUGUGCUCGCCGGGUCUGCUCUCUACUUUUACCUGUUCAGCCGCCAUCUUGUUUCCUUUGGUUUGUAGUUCUUAUCCUGAACCUCUAGACUCUUUAGUUUUUAUGAUGACGAAUACGUGAGGAUUUAUAUCGCUGUCUGAAGACAGUCUCUCUGUGGUCGAGCGGCUCGGCCUCCACGGGAUUCGAACCCUCGGCCCAUGCUGCGGCGCUCAGCUCUCGGUACUCAAAUGGGUGAAAAGUGCUAUUUUCUUAAAAAGUGAAACAUUAUUGUCGUUGUUGUAACUUUAGUUUGUAGAAGAAGAGUUCGGAGCUGAUCAAUGAAGUUAUCGAUUCUAUUAGCGAUAAAUUGGCUGAACUUCGUUAGCAAAGAGACGUGCGUUACCUCAACUGUGUUAGCGUAUGUAUUUUAGCUCCACGCGUAGGCCAUUUGCGUUAGCUAGCAGACCGAGUUAGCUUUUACUGAACAUGCACAUUAUUUUAUUUUUUAGAUAUUGUGAAUUUCUCCCAUUUGAAAAAAAUUCUAAUUAAACUUUCAGCAAACUAACGAAAUGUCUCCAAAGACCAUAACAAUAUAACCUGAUGAUCAGGAAGAGAAUCCGCUCUAAAACGACUCGGCUAGAGAAGGGAGCUACAUCUUUCAAUGACGGCAUUAGCAUUAGCCGAACAUUCGUUAGCUUAGCCUUUAUUCCUUAGCGUAGCUGUUUACCGCUCGAUUCUGUUUCUCGAACAUUCACGAUUGUCGUUUUAAACACGUUAACAAACAUGGAAGUAUUUUUCUCUCCUUUCUGAUCUACCCGUUAGCUUGUUUAACGCACACGGUUUUGAUUUUGACUUUAAAUGUUCACCCAUGUGUGUUUGUGCGUUAGCCGGGCGUUAGCGGUUAGCUCGCCGUAUCGACCACAGAGACGUUUGUCUGACUGAAAGAUCUGCGUCUGUUGAGUUUAAUAUUGAAUCGGUGGUUCUGCUUCUUGUGUGAUGAUGAUGAUAAUAAUAAUGACGACGAUAAUAAUGAGUUCUCCUGCACGGGGGUCUAUUUAAAUCUCUUUAUCCAGUUUUGAGUAUUCAGUUUGUCGAUGAGAUAAUAUGGUUUGUGUAAAUUUCCACUUCCUGGCGGGUGCUCUCCAGUAAAAUGUACUUUGUGCUGUUGAUUUUGUUUAAUUCACAUGUUGUCUAACAAAGCAAAGACAAGCUGAGUGUUAUUUUCUCAAGACUGCUAGGCUACCUGUCUCUCUCUCUCUCUCCCUCUCCGUCUGUCCGGGUUUCGGCACGUUCAAUAAACUGUUGGGCUUCGUGAUGAUUAUCAUUUCUCCACCGCGUCUGUAAUCGGACCGCGUGAUCAUGUGACCGUUAGCGCGGCGGCUCCCAGACGAGGACGGCGUCGAGAGGUUUACCGGAGUGGGCGGCGGCUCGGGGCCCGUCGGGUCCGAACCAAAACCUGCUGGUCCCACCGGCGCCCCCCCAACCGGGCUGGCGCCCCCUCCGGUAGCGCCUGCUGGUCCCUCGGCCUGACGGGGCCUUUUUGGUUUCUGUUUUCUAACUUGUAACCUGCAGAUUUUUUCUAUUAGAUUCUAUCGACCGAUGAGAGUUGUGUUUUGAACCCGAGCCACGGGACUGUCGGUGGCCGAGGAAGAGGAAGAUGAUGUUGAUGAUUAACAUGAGGGCUAAUAAACAGGCUCCUUCUUUCUGA